ACGAUUUGUCAACGUUAGACGAGCGUGUUGAGCGUGUGACUAACGUGUGAAUAACGACAGAAUAGCGUUUUACUGGUGUGUAAUUUUUACGGUCGAACGGGUACAAAACGCUGGAAAUUUCAUAGUGAACUCAGUUGUUCUUGUGAGUUUGAACAGUCAGCAUCAUGCCGCCAAGACGAAAAAAGGGUGGGAUGGGGGCUUCUGCUACUAGCGCUGCAAGUAAGAAGAAUGCAAAGCCUCUUUCACUAGCAAUGUCUUCGGACGAAGAAGAACACCAGGAGGAAGAGCACAUCCGAGAAGUAACGCACCAUGUGACACCCCCUGAAGACCCUAAACACCCUGAAAACCCCAACGUGGACGGUCCGACCAUAGCAAAGAGAGGGAAGAAGCAGAGAAAGGAUUGCAGGAUCCUGGACCGGGCGGUUGAGGACAGUCUGGUGGAGUUUUUCCGCGAAAACGAACUGCUGUGGAACUCACAGAAGACAGAUUACAGGAACAAGGCGAAGAGGCAACGGAUACUCGAGGCCAAGGCCACAGAACUGCAGAUCAGCGUGGACCACUUGUGGACCUGGUUCAAGUCCCUCAGGGACAUGUUCACAAGGCAAGUAUUUACGUUUAAAUUUUGGAAAAUGCUUCAAGUAAUUGCCCUGACUUUAAUAAUAAUGGAAUUUAUAUACUUACCACAUACCUACCAUAUACUUAUAUACUUACCAUAUUUUUGCCGUAUGCUUAUAAUAUCUACCAGGUUGGACAAGAAGAAGAGUGGGGAUGGCCAGCAACAAUUGGCGGAGAGGGAGACAUGGAUAAAAGACAAAUUUGGAUUUUUCCACCGUGCUGUCAACCACCGAUCGAAGCCCGUCAAGAGUUUGAAGGCGAUCAUAGCCGAAAGUCAGGGCGACCUGGAUAAGGCUGAGCGGGCAGCGGCGGAGGAGAGGGAUGAAGUUUGAGUUUGAUGAGAACGUCACAGAACGUCAACCCACCCCAGCCCUGUCGGUGUCCUCCGACAUGUCGACCCUCCAGAGGAAGGCCAAGGAGAGCGGCGACAUGCUGACGAUGCUGCGUGAUCAACUCCCGCCUCCCGAGCCAGUCACCGAAAGGACCACCUACGCCGCCUACGUCAAAAGUGUGCUGCUGGGGCUGAGUUUAAAGGAC